CAGAGGCGGGCUCAGGCAGUCAGGGCCUUCCCUGGAACUGAGGAAGGCAAGGCGGAGAAGGUGGGGCAGGCGAUGGUGGCACUGCUGCGUUAUCUAAGGGGGCUCCGCGGACGGGCCCGCGGGGCUCUCCGCCUGGGCUUCCCCGGGGCGUGCGGGCCCGCGUCGGGGAGGCUCUGGGUGCUGCGCCAGGGUGGUCGCAGCGCCAGCACCAGCUCAUUUGACAUAGUCAUUGUCGGAGGUGGAAUUGUGGGGCUUGCUUCUGCCAGAGCACUUAUCCUGCGGCAUCCAGAACUUUCUAUUGGUGUUGUGGAAAAGGAGAAGGACUUAGCCAUUCACCAGACUGGACAUAACAGUGGGGUCAUUCAUAGUGGAAUUUAUUAUAAACCUGAAUCUCUGAAAGCUAAGUUAUGUGUACAAGGUGCAGCCCUCAUGUAUGAGUACUGUGACCAAAAGGGAAUCUCCUACAAGCAGUGUGGCAAGCUUAUAGUAGCUGUUGAACAAGAAGAAAUUCCCAGACUUCAGGCCCUAUACCAGAGAGGCCUGCAGAAUGGUGUCCGGGGCCUAAGGCUAAUCCAGCAAAAAGAUAUAAAGAAGAAGGAGCCAUAUUGCAGAGGUCUAAUGGCCAUCGAUUGUCCAUAUACUGGCAUUGUGGACUAUCAGCAGGUUGCUUUGUCUUUUGCACAUGAUUUCCAACAAGCAGGUGGCUCUAUCUUAACCAAUUUUGAAGUAAAUGAUAUUGAAAUGGCUAAAGAAAGUCCUUCAGGAACUGAAGCUGGGAUGAAUUAUCCAAUUGUUAUAAAGAAUACGAAGGGAGAAGAAGUUCGGAGUCAGUAUGUUGUGACGUGUGCAGGCCUUUACUCAGACCGUAUUUCAGAGUUGAGUGGCUGCAAUCCCGAUCCUCGAAUUGUACCAUUCCGGGGAGAUUAUCUACUCUUGAAGCCAGAAAAAAGCUAUCUUGUAAAAGGAAACAUUUAUCCGGUCCCAGAUAGCCGGUUUCCUUUCCUAGGAGUCCACUUCACACCAAGGUUGGAUGGCAGCAUUUGGCUGGGACCUAAUGCAGUUCUUGCUUUUAAACGAGAGGGUUACAGACCCUUUGACUUCAAUAUCAGAGAUGCUUUGGACAUAAUUAUCAAUAGUGGCUUGGUUAAACUGGUGUUGCAAAAUUUUUCCUACGGAGUUAAUGAAAUGUAUAAAGCCUGUUUUCUUGGAGAAACAGUGAGGCACCUUCAGAAGUUCAUCCCUGAAAUUACCAUCAGUGAUAUACUUAGAGGUCCAGCUGGAGUGCGAGCACAGGCACUGGACAGAGAUGGGAAUCUGGUAGAAGAUUUUGUGUUUGAUGGAGGAGCUGGGGAUAUUGGAAGUCGCGUUCUGCAUGUGAGAAAUGCACCUUCCCCCGCUGCCACUUCUUCCCUUGCAAUUUCUGAAAUGAUUGCAGAUGAAGUACUACAAAGAUUUGAGUUAUGAAUCAUGAAAGGAGCUAGGUAUGUGCUAUAAUCUCACAUCAGCAACAGCUGUGUACUAAUUGCAUCCUUCAGUUUUAAUCUUGGAAAAUGUUUUUUCAAAACACAUUUUUAGAUCAAAGAGUACCACUGAAUUGUUAAAAUGAUGUAACACAAGUGUUUUUUUUUUUAAUUAAGUUGCAUUUUCUUUGUGAAUAAAGAGGCACAUAAUACAGUUGUAUUUGUUCUGAAUGCCUGGCUUUGCUAAUACUCUGUCCUUACCAGCUGUGAAUCAGACAGUAUUUAUUUGGCUCUUUUAGAAUUUUAGAAAAUAAAGUCAUAAGAACAGAUUUUUUUUCCCCUAAGUCAGUUUUUUAGUGUUAUGAUACCUAAUUUCAGUUUCUUUUAGACAAAAUAUGGUAUAGCAUAGAUUGGAA